GUCACGUCCGGCUCUUCCGGGCGCGCGGUGACGCGGGGCGGCGCGGCGGCGGCACCUGGGCGGCAUGGGGAAGCAGAAGAAAGCGCGGAAAUACGCGGCGGUGAAGCGCAUGAUCAGCCUCCGCGACCAGCGGCUUAAUGAGAAGAACCGGGCAAAAGCACGCGUGAAGAAGAAAGAGGACCCAAGUGCGAUCAAGGAGCGGGAGGUCCCCCAGCAUCCUUCUUGCUUGUUCUUCCAGUAUAAUACACAGUUGGGCCCCCCUUAUCACAUCCUGGUUGACACAAACUUCAUCAACUUCUCUAUCAAGGCCAAGCUGGACCUGGUGCAGUCAAUGAUGGACUGCCUCUACGCCAAGUGUAUUCCAUGUAUCACAGAUUGUGUAAUGGGUGAAAUUGAGAAGUUAGGACAGAAGUACCGUGUGGCAUUAAGGAUUGCCAAGGACGCUCGGUUUGAACGCUUGCCAUGUAUGCACAAAGGAACCUAUGCAGAUGACUGCUUGGUGCAGAGGGUCACUCAGCACAAAUGUUACAUUGUGGCCACAGUGGAUAAAGAGCUCAAGCGGAGAAUUCGAAAAAUCCCAGGAGUGCCUAUAAUGUAUAUUUCCAGGCACAGAUACAAUAUCGAGAGGAUGCCAGAUGAUUACGGAGCUCCUCGAUUCUAACCUGUCCAGCCAACUGAUUGAUGCCAGGACUCUGAGCCAGGAUAAGGGUCCUUCUGGUUCCAGCCUUCCUGCUUUCUUUUUUUGCUGGGACUAUGCUUUUAGGACUCUGGUUAACAUUGGACUGACUUCAUAGCUUGAUCCUCUACGAAAAAGCUACUUGGAAGAUUCUGGUUUUAUUGGUCCUUGUUCUGACUUGGCCUGGUUACCUACGUCUGGGAGAUGAAAAAGAGGAUGGCAGUAACCAGAAGAUCCUUAAGUCUCUCUUCAUUGGGACCAUUGGAAAAAGCGAUUUCAUCAUUUUGAAUUAAAUAUUGGUGAUGCAACUCUGAGAAUGAAACCACCGAAAUUUUAGAAGUUUCUCAGUGCUGCACCUGUAGCAGCACAAGAAUUCCUCUUGGUAAAUCCCUCACACCUGUCCCAUGAGCAAACCAGAAUCUGCUUUCUGGAUGAAAGCCAUCAAAUAUGCACCAGUUUGUGUGCCUUCUCCAGACCAGUGGUCUGAAAAAUUUUAAUUCAGGAUUUAUGGGCUUUUAUUCAACUGUACAAUGAAUGAAGUUUGGUUAAGCAUCCUGCUAA